GCGCGUUUUCCGCAUUUGUGGACUGAAGUUCGUUUUCACUGUACUUCCUCAUUUAGUCUCUCCCGAGUGCAGCACGGAAAUUUAGCCAACUAUCAUCUAAAGUACAUUUCUUUGAAGGAACUCUUUAAUUCUCUGAAAUGUCAAAGCCUCCGCCCAAACCUGCGAAACCAGGCCAGGUGAAAGUGUUCAGGGCCCAAUUCACCUUUGACCCCAGAACACCGGAUGAGCUGUACUUCGAAGAGGGGGAUAUAUUAUAUAUUUCAGACACGAGUGACAGCAAUUGGUGGAAGGGCACCUGCAGGGGAAGAACUGGCCUCAUACCCAGUAAUUAUGUGGCUGAACAGGCGGAAUCCAUAGAUAACCCCAUGCACGAGGCGGCUAAACGUGGUAACUUGAGCUGGCUAAGAGAGUGUUUGGAGAACAAGGUGGGAACUAAUGGUCUGGACAAGGCAGGAAACACUGCCCUCUACUGGGGCUGCCACGGAGGACACAGAGAUGUGGUGGAAAUGUUGCUGGGCCAGCCUAACAUUGAGUUGAACCAACAGAAUAAGCUGGGUGAUACAGCGUUGCACGCAGCUGCUUGGAAAGGCUACAGUGACAUAGUUGAGAUGCUGCUCAACAAGAAUGCUAGAACAGACAUUCUGAACAACGAGAAGAAACUUGCACUGGACAUGGCCACUAAUGCCCAGAGUGCCUCUCUCCUGAAGAGGAAGCAGGGCAGUGCCAUCUCGCGCACCCUUAGCAAUGCAGAGGAGUACCUGGAUGAUGAGGACUCGGACUGAGGAAAAUGGCCGCCGGAUGGUUCCAACUGUUGUCUCCAACAGUCCUAUCUGUCAGUGACACAGGAUGAUGGAGUGGAUUUGCCCCACGACGGUUGGGUUGCGUGGGCUUGUUUCCCCAGUCAUGUGGUGUGUUAACCAAUAGUUUUAUCAACUUUCAAAAAGUCUGUCUGUGAAAUGUUUGUCUGUGUGUGUGUCUGUGUGUCUGUGUGUGUGUCUGUGUGUGUGUGUGUGUGUGUGUGUGUGUGUGUGUGUGUGUGUGUGUGUGUAUUUCUACAAUGCUUUGUAACAUCCAUAAAGCCUGGCCCUAAAGAGUCAGGAAUGGCAUAAGAAAUAUGGGGUUGUAACGUCAUAUCGCUGUCUCUAUUCCGGUCCAGAUCGCUAAUAUUGAUCAUGUCAGAUUUGCAGAGUUCAGUUCUGUAAGACAGUGCUGCUUUACUAAUUGUGCCUUCUCUCUGUAUGAAUUACAUGCAGAUAUGUGUUGUGUCUUUCCUUGGUAUGUGCACUGGAGACCAGCUGCUUAGCUUGGAGACUGUUUGUCACCUUAGUGCUCUCACCCCCAGCUCCUGUGAAAGAACAGCGGGUCCAGAAAAUAUUGUCCUUCUGACAUAUAUGUAUGGUCUUUUGUGUUCUGAUAAAGUCUGUCCAUAGCUGUAACCAAUAAAAACUUUGAACAGGU